AUGCUACAGACGCAUGGCGGACAUCAGGAUCAUGGCGCCGAAAACCACACGGGAGACGACGAUCGCGGACGAGGUAGGCUGGGAACACAGCUCUCUCUACCCAAAAAUCGAAGCACUGGAAACCUGGCCUCUGCCGCCGAGCCCACAGACCGCAGACGAUACCGGAUGUCGUUGGAUGCGAAUGCGGCGGCGUCCGUCGCCGCCGACCUUGAGUUGAUCACCAGGUCUCCCAUCAUAACCGACCACGAGCAUGGCUUGGGUCUGUCUGGCCUUCGCCGGAUAAGACAGCAUAACCCUCAGUCUCGUAAUCCAACCCUUCCCGGCUCCAAUGCCCCUUCCCGAAGCCCUUCCGUCGUCGCGCUCUCUCGCUCCACCUCGAUGAGUGCUAUGGUCUCGAGUACCGGCACUCUGCCGCUUGCCGGAGGCCCAACGUCCCCCAGCUACUCCGAGGAUCUGUCCCGGUUUCCCUCUGAAUCGCUGCACUCCUUUUCCUUCGCCCACCAACCAGAAGACUUCAUGCACAAUCGACAGAAUGUCCUGAGACGAUCCAUAGCAUUUAUGGAGGAUCAGAUGGGAUUGUCCGUCAACUCGAACCCACCGGGACUUGUCAGCCCGCAAGCCAGAGCCGUUAGUGACCUCGAUGCUCAGAAUAUGCUGGAGCUGAUCGCCCGAGCACAACUUCUGGGUGCCGGAAACCUACCAAAUCAUGAUAGUUCCACUCCUCCAGGGCUGACAGGCCCAACACGCGGGUCGGAUGACAAUGCUUUCGAUAGGCAGUUUAGCCCUCGCAUUUCCACCCUUGAACUUUCAAGCCCUGAUGAGCAGGCCCCUCCGGGUCCUGCCCACCUUUGGAGAAAUGACAGCAACCAAAAAUCCGACCUUGCGGAGCCUACAUUCACCUCAAAGGUUGCGAGUGCAGUUGAAGACGAGAAAACCACAGCGACCUCUCUCCCGCCUCCUAGACCCACCAGCCUGAAAAGAACAAUGACAGAUACAAGAUCCAUCUCGGUCCAAGAUAGAUUGACUGACAGCAUGGGUCGACCUUUCUUUCCUGGCCAGCCUCUUUAUCAGGAACCACUAGCAUCUCCUCUUUUGCAGCCGACUCCAUCAACCCUCAACUUCCCCACGUCCAUGGCUUCGCCUCUGGGUCCUUCUGUUCACGGGAACACGAACCGAUGGGUCCCUGCUGCUCAAGCCAUUUUCACAACUGAAGUCAAGCCUCCAUGGACGAUUAUCGCUGCCAACGAUCUUGCUUGUUUAGUAUUUGGCGUCACAAAAGCGGAGGUUCGGAAGAUGGGAAUUCUCGAGGUAGUGCAAGAGGAGAGGAGAGCGUGGCUUGAGCGGAAGCUCCUUCGGAAACCCGACGAUGACCUUGGCGAGGGAAAAGCUGUUUCUGGUCAAACUACGCCAGCUGCCUCGGCGGCUUCGGCACUUCUUGGUGGCCGCGGGGGCAUCACUGCUCAGCUUCUGAACAAACCGAACUCGAGAUCCCAACCACUCAGCUACGCUCAAAGACGUGCUCAAACUGUCCAUGGUGGAGAUCCAAGCCCACCCAAGACAAGAGGUAGCAAUCACCAUAAGAACACUCUAUCUAGAGGGGUCCUGCUUUGUGGCGAUGUGGUUCCCAUUCAAAAGCGGAAUGGUGCUACAGGUUCUGCUAGUCUCUGGGUCAAGGAGAAGCGAGUCGGUCUCAUUUGGGUCCUGGAAGAAAUCCAUGAAGACGUUGCCCACAUCAGUCUAGACGAAGAAGGUAUCAUCCAGAGUGUCUCUGGUGCAACAGGCCCCAUCUGGGGUGUUGAAUCCGCCCCAUCAGGUUUCGAUAUCGCGACGCUUAUCCCACGGAUUCCUCGGCAAGGCAUCGAUCCCAACACCGGUGAGAUCGAUUUUGCACAGGCCACACGGCGGAAGUACUUCACUUGUCCUCAUUCGCCCAAAGUCAACAUCCCAUGCACCGUUGAGCAGGUGAGGGGCAAACUUGAGCUCCGCGUGUCCACAUUUCCCCAUAUGGCUGGAAUCGUUGUGGUCGAGCCAGAAGGUCUCAAAGUUCGAAGCUCGAAUUCCGUCUUUUGUGGUGCCCUUUUCGGGUUUGAAAAGGCUGACGGCAUGCCCAUUAACGCUUUGAUCCCCGAUUUCGACAAGCUUUUGCAAUCUUUGAUAAACGAAGACGGUAUCCAGCUCCUCGAUGGCAUGGUCGUCCCUGAGCACCGGUUCAGAAAAGCCUCAGCAUUCCUGGCUCUCAAGGAGCAUCGGCCCGAUGCCGCUGCUGCGUUUCUCAGUCCUGCAGGCAUCCUCGGGAAACACCGCGACGGUUCAGACCUGAAAGUUGACGUCCAAAUGCGUGUUGUCAAGAGCGAAAAGAAAACCCUGGUAAGGAGUGAAACUGUCGUUGAGGGCAGUGAUGAAGAGAACGCCGACCCAGAGGCCGGCGACGCGACCUUCGAAGUGACACAUUCGGAAAUAGUGUAUGCCCUGUGGAUUACUUACUCACGCCAUCUACAUGGCACACAGCCCCAUCUCAACAUCGCCUCCCCUUCUCCGUCCGGAACUACGACGCCCCUGCACCAGCCCUCCCCAGGGCAGACCCCGGCUCAUACUCCCAUAGAAAUCGCGUCAGACGAUGACACGCCCAAGAAGGAGCUGCGCUCGGCAGCAACUUCGCUCUCCAAACAGUUGAAGGACGCCGCUCUCAGUGCGGCUGCAAAGCUCACUGGGCAGUCCAAGCCUUCGCCGAAGCCUGUUGAAAAGCCCUCCGUUCCCAAGGUGGUCGAACCUCCCCAUAAGAAGACCAUAGCCGAUUACGUGAUACUCGAGGACAUGGGCCAGGGGGCAUAUGGCCAAGUGAAGCUUGCUCGUCACAAACAAUCGGGUAAGAAGAUUGUGCUAAAGUAUGUCACGAAACGCCGUAUUCUCGUGGACACGUGGACCAGGGACAGGAAAUUGGGCACCGUCCCGUUAGAGAUCCAUGUCUUGGAGUACCUGCGAAAACCGGAGUUUGAGCACCCUAAUAUUGUUGAGAUGGAGGGCUUCUUCGAGGACGACGUGAACUACUACAUCGAGAUGAAACCCCAUGGACUACCUGGCAUGGAUCUUUUUGACUACAUCGAAUUGCGAGCCAACAUGGACGAAUCCGAGUGCCGCAGCAUUUUCGUUCAAGUAGCCCAGGCCAUCCACCACCUUCAUAUCAAGGCCAAGGUGGUCCAUCGCGAUAUCAAGGACGAGAAUGUCAUCCUCGAUGGCGAGGGCAACAUCAAGAUCAUAGACUUUGGAAGUGCCGCGUACAUUAAGAGCGGACCCUUUGACGUGUUUGUGGGAACCAUUGAUUAUGCCGCUCCCGAAGUUCUUGCUGGAAAGCCAUAUGGUGGGACAGAACAAGACGUCUGGGCUCUGGGUAUCCUCUUGUACACCAUUGUCUACAAGGAGAACCCGUUUUACAGCAUCGACGAGAUUAUGGACCGCGACCUCCGCAUCCCCUUUAUACUCAGCGAGGAGAGUAUCGAUCUCAUCCGCUGCAUGUUGGAACGUGAUGUCACCAAGCGCUACGACAUCAACCAGGUGCUUGACCACCCUUGGUGCAAGGCUACUGCUUCAUGA